AGUCAGGCACUGCUAGGAGAGCAGAUUAUGAAGCGGAGCUCAACCAGCGGCAGUCUCCUUUCAUUGUCUCAAUGGCUGCACACGCAUUCCUCCUCUGCUCCCUCGCCUUGCUGUCCGCUCUCAGCCGGCCUGGGCUCUCCUUCAAUGAGGAAGAGUUGCAGCCGGGACUCAUCUAUGACGAAGUGCCUGAAAUCCUGGACAGAAGCAAAGAGAACCCCAAACAAGCAACAAGAGUCACAUCAAGUCAAGAUGGUGGGUACGGCUUAGAAAGUGAAGAGGUUAUUUUGACGCCUGAAGAUGAAAACCCACUCAGGAGAAUACUGCAGCCUUUUAACUGGCAUCAGCCAGGCAUGUCUCACAGUAAGAGGAAGCUGCUCCAGUCUCUGAUGGGGCCUUAUGGCCCGCUGAGCGUGUCUUACAAUGGGAAGACCUGCAUUCUGUUCAAGGCAAAGCGCCUGGCAAUCCGCUAUAGGAACCAUACCUUCAUUGACCUGACGGAGAGGGUCUUCAACACCAACUCACCUGUGGACACUAAAGGCUCCAUUUGCACCAAGGAAAAAGCCACGCUUUCAUUAAGGUUUGGUGAUGUGGAGGACUUGCGAGGUCUAGUAAUCAGGCUUCAAAUGUCAAACACGUUUUAUGAGGCAGCUGGUCAAAACUGGUUCACACUAGAUAGUGUUCACAUCCACUACAACUGGACACAGGAGGCCACGUUCAACGCCAGCGAGGUCUACGCUCCGGCCACUUCAUCCUACCAUUGCCAGCACGUCAGCAGCCUUCACAAAUAUGACACCCUGCUAGUGCCCAGCUCCCACACUGACACAUCUGCUAACUGGCACAUCACUUUCACUGAUUUCCAGAUCCAGGCCUUCAAUGUGCAGUCUGACAAGUUUGCGUCGGCCAGUGACUGUGCCACUUUCCUGACACCAGCCAUCCUGAUGGGCUUGGUGACAUCUUUGAUCCUGCUCCUCGUCUUAGCCUACGCCCUGCACAUGGUGGUACACCUCAAGCACAUCGACCGCUAUGAGGAGCACAAAGCCACCGUCUACUUUCCCCGUAGUCCAGAAGCUGAGUUGCCAGACAAGAACAGCCUGUGAAGGAAAAAAAGAAGAUCUGGAGAGCGACAGGGGGACAGAGGGAGAGAGAAAGCUGAGAAAGCAAGGCCGAGGGGCGUGCAAGUGAAUAUAAGAGUGAAAAAGUAUCCCCCACAGAAUAUUUGUUCAACAAAAUGACAACUUUGCCUGUUCAUAUGAAAAUCUUGUACGUCUUAACUACUUUAAGUAAAUGCAGACCGUGGUCGGAUACUUUUUCUUCUUCUCUCAUUGACCUGCAUCUUGGCAUCCAGAUUUUGAAUAAGGCCUUUGGAUGUUCAAGGUUCUCCCUCACAGAUGGUUCAUGAUCCUGAUGUCAAAGGUCAAGGACAGUCCUGGGGCCCUGAAGGGCAACAGCAUAUACAGGCCAUUACCCCAGUCAGCCAUUAAAACCACAAAAGACUAGCAGCUGUAGCUAAUACAGCUAACAUCAGAUGCUCCCGACUAUACAUAUGUAUUACAUGGCUCACGAGUGUCAUAUUACAAGCUUCCAUAACACACAUUGUCUUUCCAGCUUUCAUUACAGUGUACUUUGUCUAAUACCGCUGCAAGAAAUAUAUACUUCAAACAGCCAGUUUUAUAGCUGAAAUAGCCGUAUUAGCUGCAUGCCAUAAAAGGCUGGUCAAUCUGGGCUAGCACAGUGUUUCCUAAUAAUAAGGAUUACAAAGAGUCUUGCAUGAGUUGCAGCUUAAAAUAAUCAAACAUGGCACAAAGAAGAAGGAGCUUGAAAAGCUUUUGAGUGUAAGCAAAGGCAAAUAUCGGGAACCACUGGUCUAGCAUCUGGCUGGAGUGAAUGGACCAGCACUACCAGCCCUUCAGCGCCUCUGGAGCCUCUCACCCCACCCCUGAACAAGACUGCUGCUUGGGACUUAACUGUGAAAAGGCCUUUUACAGACCAGCCAGACAAAGGGGGGUUCUACAAACUAGCACAACAUUGGUUAGUUGCGAAAGCACUAACGACAAACUAUCAAAGACUAUACAAGGAACUAUGCUGCACAAGACUGCCCGUCUGAGGGCAUGGCAGGAAAGCGGGUCUUGCGAUGACUUGACUCUCUGAGGGUCAAGCGUUUGGACAAGGGAGGCCGAGGGCCCUCCAUCCACACCACUGGAUUUGACUGCCAAAGUGAAGCUACAAAGGAGUUGCCAUGAAACACGGAGGGAGACGGAGUGAGACAAUGUGAAAACGAAAGCUUAUCGUUACAGCUAUGUACAAAGCAAAAACACAUACAUGUACAGAAGCGUCACUCUGCGGAGGUCUUUUUUUAUAUACAAUGUAAUCAUGAAAUACUAUUAGGUACAGGAUGACUAUGCUAAUCCUCAUAACCAAAAGGAUAUACAAAGCUGUAGAUACAUUAAGAUCUCUAUACGAUCAUAGCUGUUUACUAUCUUCAAAUAUUGCACAACUAAUAAAAAUAGGUACAAGUAAGACAUUGUGCUAUGAGGAUUGGUGAAAGUAUCAAUGCAUAUGAUUUUUUCUACAAAGUAUUAACAUAUUACACUGUUUGUCUAUUUGUUUUAAGCUGGGCCAGACAAUGUAAGGUCCAGUUUCAUCUAACUGUAAAUUACAGUACAAAUUCCUACCAUAGAAGGACGAUACUAUGGAAUGCCGUCCACCCACCUGGACUUAUAGAUGCCAUUAUUAUGCCAGAAGCCACACUAGCAGCAGUAACAGCAUCAGUAAGUCAUUACUACUGAUAAAAACACUCAGCAUGACAGUAAAUAGAUAUCUUAACAUUCGAUAUGGCAGUUCUGUCAAUCUGUAGCAGUGUGAAAUGUGUUCUUUGGUCAUAAAUGUAUCCUACAAACUAUGAAAUGAGCGGAGGCAGUUUGUCCAAGGACCAACUGAUGUAGAUUGAACAAUAAAUGAUAUUCAGAGGA